AUGAGUUCAGCGAGCAAAAACGUCGACCAGAAGAAGAAAAAAGGGAAAACUCCAAUGUUGUCUCAGGCGUGUGCAACAUCAGCGUGCGUAGGUUGUUCUCAACCUGAAUCAGCAGAAGAUAUGGUGCAGUGCGACAGCUGUGAUGCAUGGUGGCAUUACACUUGUGCCAAGGUUGAUGCUUCGAUAAAAGAUAGAACGUGGAGAUGCAUAAAAUGUGAAGAUAAAUGUAACAGAUCCAAGAGUGGUAAAUCGGAUACAUCUAGCGCGCGGAAAGUGAGAGUACAGUUGGAAUUGCAACGGUUAGAAGAGGAAAAAGCUCUUGCAGAUAAAAUGCAUCGAGAGAAAGAAGAACAAGAAAAGGUGUCGAGGGAAGAAAAAAAAGCCAUCGAGGAAGAUUAUGUGAGGCGGAAGUAUCAGUUGUUAGGAGAAACCAUAGUCGAUGACGAUAAGAGUGAAAGGAGUCGUACUAGCGCGCAAAGCAGUAGAAGCAAGGUAAAAGAGUGGAUUGAUCGACAGAGUCAGGUGUUGAAUACCGGUUCAGGGAAUAAAUUAACCCCAACGGCAACUCCGGCUGCUAAUCCGACAAUCAUCAAGGAGUUUGUUUCUACGAAUAUUAGCACAGGUGCGAUUCGUAAAUCUAAAGUCGUAUCGCUCAAUGAGAAGCAUGGUAUAACUACAAAUUCUGGUAAUAAGGUCAUACCAUCCUUGACCCAAGAGAAAACUGUUAAUUGGGGGGCAGGUAUAGAAGCAAUAGAAUCCCAACACGUACAUCAAGUGCAGUAUGUACAUAAUGAACCUACAUUCAAUAAUAAUUACAUGCAAAAUUCUGGUCCUGUACACGAUAACAGUAUGUGUGAAUCGAUAAUGUUUCCCAGACAAGAGGGGAAUCAACAAGCGUACGUAAUACCAGAUCAAAUUGAAAAUAAUGCGGGUCCAACUUCCCGACAAUUGUCCGCUCGUCAUGUGAUUCCAAAAGAAUUGCCCAUUUUUGCUGGCAAUCCGAUAGAUUGGCCUAUGUUCAUUAGUGCUUAUAAGAAUUCAACAUCUAUGUGUGGAUUUAGCGAUGGAGAAAAUUUGAUGAGACUACAACGUUGUCUCAAAGGCAAUGCUCUAGAAGCGGUCAGGUCCCAUUUGCUCAUGCCAGAAUCGGUCCCGAUCGUGCUUUCAACAUUGACAACACUCUAUGGACGUCCUGAAUUGAUUGUACAAGUACUCCUCGCAAAAGUAAAAUCUAUUCCAGCACCGAAGGCUGACAAGCUAGAAACUUUGGUUAGCUUCGGGCUCGUCGUACAAAAUCUUUGUGCACAUCUCAAAGCGGCACAACAAGAGGCACAGCUUAACAAUCCGAGUUUACUGCAUGAACUGGUGAAUAAACUUCCAGCAAGUAUAAAAUUAGAUUGGGCACUAUACAAACGUAAUUGUUCUGUAACUAAUCUGGGUACAUUCGGUGAAUAUAUGUCCACUCUCGCGACGGCUGCUAGCGAUGUAACAUAUCCUGAAGUGUGGGAUACACCUAAGCAAAUUUAUCCUGAAAAGCACAAACCUAGGAAUUUCAUUAACACACACUCUGAUGAUUCAACUGAAAGAGAGAGAAACGCAUAUAAAACAUUUAAAAUCCAAGCAACAGACAAAAUGAAUUCGUGUCUAAUUUGUGAUAAGCCUGGUCAUAAAGCUAAACAAUGUUGGGAGCUAAAAAGAAUGAGUGUCGAUGAUCGAUGGAAAACUGUGGCGCGACACAAACUGUGCAAGCGUUGCAUAAUCCCACAUGGUAAGUGGCCAUGUCGCGCAACAUAUUUAUGUGGUAUAGACGGAUGCGAAGCUCGUCACCACCAACUUCUACAUCCUGGAAAAUCCGAAUCGGUUGGAGCGCACCAGCAUAUACAACAUUCGGCAUUAUUUAAAGUGAUUCCAAUUACACUCCAUAACGGAAAAGUCUCGAUUGAAACAUUUGCGUUUCUCGAUGAUGGAUCAUCCGUGACACUAUUAGAAGCACGCAUAGCAAAGAAAUUAAAUAUAAAUGGUGAUGCAGAUCCACUCUGCUUGAAAUGGACUGCAAAUGUUUCCAGAAAUGAGGCUAAUUCUCAAAGAGUUAACGUUGAGAUUUCUGGUGCCAAUAAUGGACCUCGUCAUACAUUAACGAAUGUGCGAACUGUUGAAACAUUACAAUUACCCAGUCAAUCAUUGAACUAUGAGAAAAUGGUAGAACAUUUCCCAUAUCUAAGCGGAUUACCGGUGAAAAGUUAUGAAUCUGCAAUCCCCAGGAUUUUAAUCGGCUUGGACAAUUUAAAAUUGACUUUGGCACUGAAAAGUCGCGAACGUCGUUCGAAUGAACCAGUCGCAACUAAAACUCGUUUGGGCUGGACAAUAUACGGUAAAAUCGGAAGUAACGCCACUACGCAUACAUCGCUUCAUAUAUGUGAGUGUUCUGGAGAUGACACGUUGCAUAAGCUGGUGGAGGAUUUCAUCAAAAUGGAAAAUUUGGCAGCUGAUAGCACUUUCAAACCCGAAUCAGAAUCCGAUCAGCGUGCUCUACAAAUACUGCAAGCUACUACCACUCGUCUCAAUAAUGGUCGGUUUGAAACAGGACUUCUGUGGAAGCAUGAUACAGUGAAGUUCCCGAACAGCUACCCGAUGGCCGUACGCAGAUUGGAAUGCCUAGAACGAAAAUUAAAAUUAUUGCCAGAAAUAAAGAAGAAUCUACAAAAUCAAAUAAUCGAUUACCAGCUUAAAGGAUAUGCGCACAAAGCCGAUAGAAUUGAGCUCAACCGGUCCGAUCCGGAAAGAAUAUGGUAUCUACCAAUUGGAUUCGUACUUAAUAGUCGUAAACCAGGAAAAGUCCGGGUCAUUUGGGAUGCAGCUGCUAAAGUGAAUGGAAUUUCCUUAAACUCCAUGCUGCUGAAAGGACCCGAUUUGUUAACGCCUCUCCCCGCUGUUCUCAGUCAGUACCGUCAACGUCAAUACGCAAUAACAGGUGACAUACGGGAGAUGUUUCACCGCAUUUUUAUACGUGCGGCUGAUCGACAAUCCCAACGCUUCCUAUGGCGGGAAAACGAGAAUGAAGAACCAGAUACGUACAUAAUGGACGUUGCCACUUUCGGAUCCACGUGUUCACCAUGCGCAGCACAAUAUGUUAAAAACAUCAACGGAAAGGAGUACGAGAAAGAGUAUCCUGAUGCUGCGGCUGCGAUAAUCAACAACCACUAUGUGGACGACUUCUUAUAUAGUAGCGAUACAGAAGCAGAAUUAAUAAAGCUUGCCUUAGAUGUAAAAACAGUACAUGCUAAAGCAGGAUUUGAAAUCAGGAAUUGGAUGUCUAACAGUAAACACGUUCUCACACGGGUCGGGGAUCAGAAUUCCGACAAAUGCAAAAUAUUUAGUUUCAACGAAUCAGGCGGCUCAGAGCGAGUUCUUGGAAUAAAAUGGUUACCGGAACACGAUGCAUUUUCUUUCAACAUCGAAUUUCAAAGUGAACUUCAACCGAUUGCUUCGGGAGAAAUAGUACCGACAAAGCGACAAGUAUUGAAAAUCGUGAUGAGUCUGUUUGACCCUCUUGGCAUAAUUUCCGCAUUCUUGAUUCAUGGGAAAAUAUUGAUUCAAGAAAUCUGGAGAACAGGAAUAGGCUGGGAUAAUACCUUGCCAAACGAAAUUGUCGACAAAUGGUACCAAUGGAUCGCAGUCAUCGGAAAAUUACGUGCGGUGACAAUUCCACGGUGCUAUUUUCCAAAUUACGAAAAAGAAAGCUACGAUACGUUGCAGCUUCAUAUAUUCGUAGAUGCAAGCGAAAGUGCAUACUGUGCCGUUGCAUACUUCCGAAUAAUGGAUCGAGAGAAUCCACGAUGUGCCCUUGUAUCAUCAAAGGCCAAAGUGGCACCACUAAAACAACUAUCCGUGCCGCGAUUAGAACUACAGGCAGCUGUUUUGGGUACUCGCAUGGCUAAAGCAAUUGCCGAAAACCAUACGCUUCGAAUUCAAAAACGAUUCAUGUGGACUGACUCGACCACUGUAUUAGAUUGGCUGAGAUCAGAUUCCAGAAAAUACCGUCAAUAUGUGGCAUUCAGAAUUGGAGAAAUUUUAUCCAAAUCCAGCAUCGAAGAAUGGAAAUGGGUACCAACCAAACUCAACGUGGCAGACGAAGCCACAAAAUGGGGAAAAGGCCCCUCAUUCGAUUCGAAAAGCAGAUGGUAUAAAGGGCCAGACUUCUUAUAUAGCAACGAAGAUCACUGGCCUCAACGAGAACGAUCGGCGACAGACACAAACGAGGAACUUCGUACUUCAUACAUUCAUCAUACUUCAGAAAAAGUACCAUUAAUUGAUUUUCACCGGUUUUCAAAAUGGGAGCGAUUAGUGAGAUCGAUUGCAUAUGUGCACCACUUUAUAAAUAUCACUCGUUCAGGUUGGAAAUCCGCUACACCGUUAUCAAGUGAACAAUUUCGGCAAGCAGAAUCAACACUCUGGAAACAGGCACAGCAGUUCGAAUAUUACGAAGAAUUACAAACGUUGCAGAAAAAUCAACAACAAGAAGCCCCCAACAAAAAAUCAGUCGAUCGUACAAGUCCCCUGACGAAGCUCUCUCCGUUCAUCGAUGAACAAGGCGUCCUACGAAUGGAAACGAGAUUAGUUUAUGCACAAUGCAUAACAUACGACGCUAAAUGUCCGAUUGUUCUACCGAGACAUCAUCCAGUAACUAGGCUUCUUAUAGACUGGUUUCACAGAAAAUUUCUUCAUUCAAAUGGCGAAACAAUAGUGAAUGAGAUAAGGCAGAAGUUCCACAUCUCACAAUUGCGAACAGCUGUGAAGAAAAUCAGCAAUGAAUGUGCCUGGUGUCGAGUCUAUAAGGCUGCACCACAGACACCUAGAAUGGCUCCACUACCACUGGAGAGAUUGUCACCAUAUGUAAGACCGUUCACAUACCUUGGGAUUGACUACUGCGGCCCAUUCCUAGUGAAGAUAGGAAGGAGCCAGGUAAAACGCUGGAUUGCUUUAUUUACGUGCCUAACUGUUCGUGCAGUGCACCUUGAAAUUGCACAUAGUCUUUCCACUGAGUCGUGCAAAAUGACAAUACGCCGUUUCAUCGCUAGAAGAGGUUCACCGUUAGAUAUUUUCACCGAUAAUGGUACAAAUUUUGUUGGAGCCAAUAAGGAUCUCGUCAAGCAAAUCUCCGGACUUAACGUAGAACUGGCCGCGACUUUUACAAACGCCAACACCAAAUGGCACUUCAACCCUCCUUCGGCUCCGCACAUGGGAGGCUCAUGGGAACGGCUCGUCCGAUCAGUCAAAACAUCGUUGAGUACGCUCUGCUUCCGCAAGACGUUGGAUGAUGAGUCGUUUCUGACGUUCAUUGCCGAGGCGGAGUCCAUUAUAAAUUGCCGUCCGCUCACAUAUGUCCCUCUGGACAACGAAGAUCAGGAAUCGAUCACGCCAAACCACUUCCUAAUGCUGAGCUCCAAAGGUGUUGUUCAACCAAUGCAAGAAACGUCUGACAUGAAAACAAACUUGAUGGCUAACUGGAAGAUAAUACAACACCUGUUGGAUCAAUUCUGGAGCAGAUGGAUCAAGGAGUACUUACCAACAAUAACCCGUCGUACUAAAUGGUUAGCAGACACUAAACCGUUGGAAUUAAAUGAUCUCGUAAUGAUAGUGUAUGAAAGUAAACGAAAUAGCUGGGUACGAGAAAAAGUCGUAAAAACACUUGCAGGUCGUGAUGGAAGGAUACGUCAAGCAGAUGUCCAAACAAUGAAAGGUAUGAUGCGAAGGCCAGUUUCAAAGCUUGCGGUAUUGGACGUGCUAAACUGUGGUAAAGCCGAAUAA